AUGCGCCACUUCACUACCGCCAGACCAAAGGAUCUCGAUGAGGAAACCAUGACACCCAUCGACGAUGCAACGCCUACGUGCACGUUGACAAAAUAUGCCAGGGUUGUCAGGUUCGAUGGCGAAAUGCGCGCAACAUGCAUCGAAAAGAUCCCAAAAUGUUUCUCCCCUCGCGCACCUUACAACCCCAAUUGGCCAAAAUGGGUGGUAUGGGCCCGGAGGUUGCAUCAGGCGUCUGUUAAUCAUAAGAUUAUCAUGAUUCACCAAGUCUUCCUGAGCAAGAGUUUCAAAAAUGUGCGGUAUACAUACAGCAGAUGGGCAUGCGCAACUGCUUCGAAGCAGAUCAUCAACAUGUACACGACGCGAGAGGCUGAAGAGCCUCAGUGGUGGGUGGAACAGGCAUUCAUUGUAACAGCGGCUACCUGCCUUAUACUGGAUCUAUUCAAUCGCACCGAGAAUGAACCAGAAGCGCAGGAAUACCAAGCUUGUGUGCAGAAAGCGAUCAGGUUUUUGCAGCAAUUUAUCACGAGUUCGGUCGCAAUCCACGGGGUACGAUUACUCGUGUCACUGCUCCAGGAGUACAACAAGAUAUUGGAAGGGUCGAGGUCGAAUGUCAAUCAGGCCUGCCCAGGUAUUCCUGCUACCAUGACGGACGUCAGCGUUCCGGACGCCGUUAGUACGUCACAAAAUCAAAUGCUGCCUUCGGAUCCUGAGGUGCCUCUGUCGCAAGACGAAGCUGCGCAGUUCAACUUCGACAUUGACGCACUAGGGUUCGAAGACUUGAUGGAUUACCUACCUGUGGAAGCAGGGCUUGAUAAUACCGUAUUUUUUGACAGCCUACCUAGCGCUAUCCAAAUAAAUCACUUCGUUACAAACCUCACAGAUCUUGAGCCUCGAGUUGUACCCGAUCCAAAGCCUAAAGGAUCGCACGAUCUACAUAUUAAGGUCACACAUGCAUCGAUAACUCACGUCGACCUCCUCUACGCUCAAGGCAUGCACCAGAACAACAAACGACACGUGAAGCCACCUUUCAUUCUCGGCAAUGAGUUCGCUGGCGUCGUCAUUUCUGCACCACCAGAAUCCUCUCUCAGACCUGGUGUUAGGGUGUGGGGUGGCAGCCUGGGCGCCUACGCAGAAGAGAUAUGCGUACUUGAAGAUAGUGUAAGACGCGUUCCUGGGCAAUGGACGAACGCAUUAGCAUGCGCAGUCGGCGCAAGUGGAGCUGUAAGCUAUGGCGCCUUGAUCUCCGUAGCGCAACUCAAAGCUGGCGAAACAGUCCUAGUCCUUGGUGCGAGUGGUGGCCUUGGAGUUAUGGCUGUGCAGAUUGCGAAAGCACUUGGGGCGAAAGUUAUCGCUGUUGUUGGGGACAAGGAGAAGGCGGAGAUGGUAAAGAAGAUCGGCGCUGAUGCUACCGUUGAUUACCAUGACAACAAGUGGGAAGAGAAGGUGAAGGCUUUGACGAGUGAGGGCGAGGGAGUGGACGUCGUGUAUGAUGGUAUUGGUGCUGUGGAGAGUGGAGUCAAGUGUCUGAGAUAUCGCGGACGCCUUGUGAUUGUAGGAUUUGCGGCAAGAGAUGGGAACGUUGAGAACAUCCGGGCGAACAGGAUAUUAUUGAAGAGUGUCAUGGUUCAUGGAUACAGAUUUGGCGAAGACGGGAGAAAGGAGCCGCAACGGACCACAGAUGCGUGGAAUGGGUUCAUGAGAUUAGUCGACGCUGGGAAGAUACAGCCAGUUAUAUACAAGGAAGAGUAUUGGGGUUUGGAAGCAGUACCGCGGGCGUUGGACGAUGCGAGAAGGCACAAGGCUUGGGGAAGGGCCGUCAAUCUACCACGUCCCCCUAUAAUGGCCUCCUACGGCAGCGGCGGCGAGUCGGAGGAAGAGGACUUCAACCCAGCGCCUGAGAUCGACGAGGACGACGCCGGCCCGAAUCAAACUGCCUCGCGCAGACCAGCCGUUGAGGACGAGGAUGAAGAAGACGAGGUCGACGCGCCUACUAGGAUAGGCAACGACGACGAGGAUGAGGAAGGCGGUGGUAUAGACCUUGACAAUGACGAUGAUGAGGAAGACGACGAAGAGGAUGAGGACGAGGAUGACGUUGUUGCACGACCCGCUAAACGACGGAAGAAGGCGAAGCGCAACAUGUUCAUUGAUAACGAAGCCGAAGUCGACGAGGACGAGGAAGAGGACGAAGAGGGCGACGACGAUAUCGCCGAUGAAGUGCACCCCGACGACCUCCUCGAGCCCACGGGCGCUGACCUCGAUGACCGCCAUCACCGCGAACUCGAUAUGCGGCGCGAAGCCAACGCACAAAAGGACGUCGAAGAGCUCGCCAAGGAGUUCGACGAGAAGUACAGGCGGCGGGAAAUGCAGAGCGCCCGUCGAGGCGCUGCAGGUGCUGUCCCCCUCGAACUCCCAACCGUAAACGACCCGGCUAUUUGGGGAUGCAAAUGCCGGCCUGGAAAGGAGCGCGAGAUCAUCAUGGCCAUUCAAAAGCGCAUCGACGAUAAGAUGCGAACAAAGCAGCCUAUAAAUGUAUACUCGGCUUUUGAGCGUGGACCUUCUGGACCUCAGUCUGGCUUUCUCUACGUAGAAGCCGACUCGAACCAGGCCGUUAUAGAGUUGAUUGAUGGCAUCCAGAAUAUCUUCAUGGGCUCCGGACAGUUCUCCAUCCCCCCCAAGGAGCGCCCGGAUCUCCUACGAAAGAAGAAGAGGGCGCCACUGGAAGCGGGUAAAUUUGUGCGCAUGCUGCGACCGCCGACAUACAAGGGAGAUCUGGCAAGGAUAGUCGAGGUCGCUACGAACGGCCUCGACUGUGUCGUACAGCUGGUACCCCGUUUGGAUUAUGGCAUGAAUGAAGACACCAAUGCUGCCGCCGACAAUAAGCGCAAGCGCGGUUUCUUUGGCCGGCAAACAGAGCGUCCUCCCGCGAAGUUGUUCAACGAGGUCGAGGCGAAGAAGCGACACAUGAAGCAUCUCACCAUGGCCGGCUCGGGUAACCAGAGGCAAUACACAUACAAAGGCGAAGACUACCAGAACGGUUUCCUCAUCAAGGACGUCAAGGUGAAUUGGGUCUCCACGGAACGAGUGAACCCAAAGAUGGAAGAACUGCAGUUCUUCUCAGUUCAGAACGCCGACGGCACCGAAACUCUGGAUCUGUUAGCAGUCCAGGCUGCGCAAAAGGCCGCCGACUCUGGUGCUGCCUUCGCCGCUGGAGACAAUGUUGAGAUAUACACGGGUGAACAAAAGGGCAUUCGCGGCACUACUGUCACAGUAACGGGCGACAUCGUUACGCUUCGCGUCAGUGAGGGCGAACUCAAGGGCAGGAGGAUUGAUGCACCUGUCAAGACACUGCGGAAGCUCUUCCGUGAGGGUGAUCACGUCAAAGUCAUCGGUGGCAGCAGAUACGUCGACGAAGUCGGUAUGGUAACCAAGAUCAGGGAUGAUAAGAUCACUCUGCUUUGUGAUUCAACCCAGGUCGAGAUCACCGUCUUUAGCAAAGACUUGAAGCGUGCCGCGGAUUCUGCGACUGUUGGCCUUGACUCCAACUUCGACCUCUACGAUCUUGUGCAGAUUGAUGCCUCCACAAUAGGCUGCGUGGUCCGGGUCGAUCGUGAGGUUCUGCGUGUAAUUGACCAACAGGGCGACGUUCGAACGCUUCUCCACACCCAGGUAUCGCAGGUCAUUGGCCGAAACAAGCAUGCUGUCGCGACUGACCGCGAUGGGUCUGAGAUUAGGCAUGAAGAUGACGUUAAGGAGUUUGGUGGUGAAGGCCGCCAAGGCAAAGUCCUCUACAUUCAUCGCGGGAUUCUAUUCGUUCAGAGCCGCGAAUUAGUCGAGAAUCACGGCAUCUUCGUUGUUCGCAGCGCCAACGUCGUUACCAUGGCCGCGAAGAGCGGUCGUGCGCAAGCACAAGGUCCAGAUCUCAGCGGCAUAAACCCCGCCCUCAAUGCAAGUGCGAACGGCAAUCCCAGUGCUAUGCCUCCACCGCGAAACUUCGGUCGCGACAAGCUGAUCGGAAAGACUGUCGUUAUUCGCAAGGGCGCAUACAAGGGUCUCUUGGGUAUCGUCAAAGACACCAUGAACGACGAAGCACGCAUUGAGCUGCAUACGAAGAACAAGCAAGUGUCGGUAAAGAAGGAGCUAUUGACUAUCAAAGACCCGAUUACUGGCAAUAGCAUGGAAGUUGGCGGCGGAAAAUUCCCGAAUCGCUCGCGCGGCGGUUAUUCUGGCGGCAAUACAAGCUACGGUGGCGCCGGUAGCGGUGGUGGUGGUGGACGCACACCUGCCUGGGGCAAUUCCAGCGCUCGCGGCCCAUCGUGGGGUGGCAGCACACCGGCUGGCGGUGGUGGACGCACACCAGGCUGGGGAGGAGGCGGUGGUGGGCGAACACCCGGCUGGGGUGGAGAUGGCGGACGAACAGCAUAUGGCGGAGAUGGCUCACGUACUGCUUAUGGGGGUGGAGAUGGUGCACGAACUGCGUAUGGGGGAGCAACCGCAUACGGAGGCGCAACAUCGUACGGCGGUGGCACAGCAUAUGGUGGCAAUGACGGCAAUCGCACGGCAUACGGAGGGUUCAAUUCGGGAGGCCGGACGCCCGCUUGGGGAAGCUCAUCUGGCAAUACCGCUUCAAAGCCGUCAGGUGGCCUCUCUGCCCCCACGCCGGGCCCAUACAACGCUCCAACACCUGGUGCCUACGCAGCUCCUACGCCCGGCGGAUAUGGAGCGUAUUCAGCACCCACGCCUGGCGGUCCGCCCAUGGACGCUCCCACGCCCGGAAACUACAGUGCUCCAACACCUGGAGAUAGUACGGGUGGGAGGUAUGGUGCUACGCCUGCGGCUGCCGCGACGCCGGGUGGUUGGGAUGUUGCCACGCCCGCACCGAGUGGGGAGGACCCAAGAUAUGACUAGAGUAACUAGAGUAACUAGAGUAACAAAAGUGUAAGAGUAUCGGGCGAGGGGGAUAAGGAGGGGAACUUGAGUCCCGUAUUGCGGAGGUUAGCCUAGUGGGCAGUAUUUCGCUCGAGGCACACAUUGUCCUCUUUGGGGGGUUUCCAUCAGAUUUGCAGCAUUGUAGGAGUUUUAAAAUAAGAUAUUUGCAAUAACUAUUCUUUAUACCUGUCGAGCCAAUUGCCCCAAGCAAGCAGCGUAUGGAGAAUUUGGGUGAAAAGCACUUGCGUAACGACGACAGGCUCGACGAAGUUGCUAGCUACCUAAUACUGUACUAGCACAUAUACACCUAUGUAUCGCUAAGAGUGGGAAUUUGGGGAUGUGUAGUCUAUAGUGGAGG